UGGGGCCCUGAAGGAGCAGGUGAGGGAGCUCCAGGCUGAGGUGAGCAGGCUGAGGGGGAUCCGGGCUGCAGAGGAUGAAAUGGAUGCCUAUCUCUGUUCUCUGCAGGCCCGGUCGCCCACUGUACAGCCCCCACAGGAGACACGUCCAACGCAGGAGUGGCAGAAGGUGUCCAGAUCCAGAGCUGCUCGGCCUAGAGUGGUGGAAGCUCCCCAGGUACACCUGGCGAACAGGUUUGAGGCCCUGGCAGCUGUGACGGAGAAAGACAGAGCAAAUGCCUCCGGCGCGGACGAUGUCACUCCCCACGCGACAUGGAACGGGCAGAGAACGAACACCAGCAGAAAGAAACGCCAGGUCCUCAUCAUCGGAGACUCCAUCCUACGAGGACUGGAAGGUCCCAUCUGCCGGCCUGACCCCAUGACGUGGGAGGUCUGCUUCAUGCCUGGGGCUUGGGUUCGGGACAUCACGGAGAGUAUCCCGGCCUACAUCCGACCUACCGACCAGUACCCCAUGGUUGUCAUCCACGUGGGAAUGAAUGACGCGGCCAGGGGCAACCUUAACCGCAUUAUGAAGGACUUCGAGGCUCUGGGGGCCAAGCUUAAGGAGAUGGGGGUGCAGGUGGUAUUCUCCUCUCUUCUUCCAGUGAGUAGGCGGGGACGGCGACAUGAUGCCUGCAUUGGCGAGGUCAGCCAGCACUUAUGGAGUUGGUGCCGCCAGGCGGGCCUUGGGUUCCUAGAUAAUGACCCAUGCUUUUGGGUGGGGGACUUGCUGGGGUGGGAUGGGCUUCACCUCUCUCGUAAAGGCAAGCGUGUCUUCUCUUCCAGGUUGGCUGAUCUCGUACAGCAAGCUUUAAAUUAGUCUCGCUGGGGGAGGGGGCCGCAGGAAGACGAGGAGACGCCACCUGAGCAAGACAGGUGACACAUGCAAGGAGUGCCCAGAAGUCUUUACAAAGAGAGCAAAUAUCCUGAGUUCCGAGAGAUCGAACCCUAAGGCCUUUUGACCAGAUUGGUAAGAAAAGGGCAUUUGCAGUGAUAUGGAAGUUUCCCAAAGGUAAUUUAAAAUGCUCAACAAAGGUAAAAGAAUCUGUUGAGUAAGAUCCGAGCCCAAAUUUGGGGGUAAUGACAGAUUGAGUAGGAGGAGCCCACUGACGGCAGCUCGCUCAAUAAAAACUGUAACUUACUGUCCCAAUUUGGAGGUGACUUCACUUGCAGAACAACGAAGGAAAAAUCACAAGUGUAGCCCGGAUCAGACCGAUCACCUGAACCACCCUCUCCGUGAACACGAAUCUCUUAGUUCGCGCUGAAGCUGCGGAGCGCCCGAAAGGGACUGAAGGAAGGUGACUUAGUCCUAUCACUGCUGAGGCCAGCCUAUUGAAUUGUAUUGCUGAGGCGAGCCCAUUCCAUUGAACCGUACUACUGAGGCCAACCCAUGAAAUCGUACUACUGAGGAAUGAAACCAUAUUUUGGUAUUUGGCUUCUCAGAAUUCUAGGAUUGUAAGUAUAUUAUGAAAAAUAAUAGUAUUGAUUAAAAUUUAACUUUUAGUUGUAAUUGUAGUUGUUUUUGUAAUACUAAUUCUUAUAGCAUUGUUUGAGAAGGAAGUGCAUUUGGGGCAUUGUUUCUGAUAUAUGUAAUUAUUGUGUUCUUAAUGUUUGUGGUGUUUCUUAAAGCUAAGCAGUGUUAUAUGCGUAGCAAAGAGUUUUAAAAUAAAAUUGUGUUGUAUGAA